AGAUAAAAGUAUGAAAUUUUGGUAAACGUAGGAAGUGGAAGAGAAAAAAAAUCUGGAUAACUAUUAGCAAACACCUUCUAACGACCCUUGUCACCUCUCCUAGAUUCAUCCUAUGGCGAUGAAACAUUGAAACCCAAUCCUACAAACCUUAAACCAAAUCCUUAAAUCCACAAAAUAAAAUGGCCUUAAGAAGUUCCUUUACCUUUUCACGCUCUACUUUCUUCCACCAGCGCUCUCAAUCAAGCUAUGCUUCUUCCAGAAUCUUCGUCUCAAUCUUGCUCCCCAAAUCCACUUCACUGACCUGCAUUCAUGAAUCCCAAAAAGAUAUGCACUUGGCACCAUCUUUUAGCAAGAGGAAUCUCAACUUCACCCUUCUGCUCACAAUGUUUCUGUGGGGUCAGGCUGCGCCGUUGCCAAAUAUGGGUGAUGCACGCUUGUGGGCUCAAGAAUUGGAGCUUCAGAGAUACACUGAUUCCGAGGAAGGUUUCACUCUUCUCAUACCCUCUUCUUGGGCUAAGGUUGAUAAAGCAGGGGCAACUGUGUUGUUUGAAGAGAAAAUUGUGGGAAGUAACAAUAUUGGGGUUGUUGUAAGCCCAGUUCGUCUUAAGACUCUUGAAGAGUUUGGGACACCUCAGUUCGUUGCUGAUAAGCUCUUACAAGCCGAAAAACGUAAGGAAAGUACAAAGGAAGCUGAAUUGAUUACAGUAGCAGAAAGAUCAGGAGAGGGAGGAUUGCAAAUUUAUGAAUUUGAAUACAAGGUGGAUAGUACUCGUGGAGGGAUGAAGAGGAUAUUUUCUGCAGCAUUUGUGGCCUCAAAGAAGCUCUAUCUUCUAAAUAUUGCUCACUCUGAUAAACCAGAGAGUCCUCUUGACCCGCAUAAGAGAAUGAUUUUAGAGCAAGUUCUUCAUUCUUUUGAUGCAGCUGCUUAAAUUGUGGCAUGACCUGCCACUUACGUAUUUGGGUGCCGAUUCCAAAUUGAUUUACUAAGUGGAUGCUCGUACGUGAUUUAAUAUUUAAGGUAAAGUUUGUAUUCUAUUCAUUUACUGUAAUUUAAUUAUAUUUUUAAUUAUUUUUGUACUGAGUAGGACUAAAGGUCCUUUUACCCUUCCAGAUAAAGUUUAUAGCCUUAGACAUGGUGACAUACCGGGUAUUGGGGACCGAAUCUCUCAAUCCAGAUAUCUAGUAUCGGUGUCUUGAAACUAAGAGCAUGGAUGCACUAUUAAUUAAGACAAUUGUCUAAACGUUCUCAUAUGUUUUAAUAAAUAAAAUGAGUAUAUGAUAGAGUGUU